AUGCCGUCAGCGCAGGGCCUCAGGGACGUGGCUGUGCCGACGCUCUUCUCCACGGCUGCUGGCCGGCCCGUCGCCGUAUCAGAGGCCGCUCUGCAGACUGCUAGGGAGCGGCUAGACGCAGAGGACGCACAGAUGCCGUCAGCGCAGGGCCUCAGGGACGUGGCUGUGCCGACGCUCUUCUCCACGGCUGCUGGCCGGCCCGUCGCCGUAUCAGAGGCCGCUCUGCAGACUGCUAGGGAACGAUUAGAUGCCGAUGCUUGCACAGCUUCGUCAUGUAGUAGUGAGAGCGGUGCUAGUGGAGCAGCUCAGCCUCCUUCGGCGGUCAGCCCAUCUUUUGCGGGACCACGACGAGGCCGUUUCGUGGUUCCUUUUGCUCGGGCGCCACAGUCGCAUCAAAUGAUACCCUCAAUGCGCCCUGAUGAUGUGCCUGCACUAAGAGAGAUAAAAGCUUUAUCAUUUGAUAUAUUUGCGUAUUGUUCUUUGGCCAUGUCGUCUCUUCCAUCGAGUGAGGAAAUUGUGCGAGGUAGUUUUGAAUUGAAGUGCAUGGGAUGCUCUCAAGACCUGCUGCGACUUCUAGGUCUAACUGCGGAAGAUGACAUAGUGCCACCCAGGUCCUUUCAUAGGGCUUUGGUGAGGCUUGGGGCCUGCACGAACACCUGUUCGGAGAUUUGGUGUCGGCAGAUGCUGCAAUCAACACUGUUGAAGCUGCGUGGAUUGUCGCUCUACUCGAGUCCACCGCUCCCUGUUUUCUCCGUGUCUCACGCGCUGCUUUACCUCUGCUUCAAGUACAACCGGGAGUUUGUGGAUGGGGUGAGGCCGGCGCUGCGUGUGGUGACGGAGGGAGAUGUCCCAGCGUCAUCCUUGAUGGUUGUCAGCGUUGUGCGACUGUCCCUUGAGGAACGUCUGGCGCCACACACAUCUGUGGCUGUUAUUACUGACGGAUGCUACGAGGUUAAGGUGGCGUUUGAUGUUCCGCUGACGAAUCUCGUGCGGGAACGGAUCCUUCGCUGCGGACAUAAGUUGCUAGUGUGUGGCGCAAAGAUGCUCCUGAAGAAUUUCUGCUCCCCGCUGGAGUGCCGUGAUGAGGUGGUGCUGUCGGUUGGUUACAACUGUACGCGGCCGGUGGACCCAACGGUGGCUCUCGGUUUGUACCAGACAACUCCCCCUAUUGUCUCUCCGGCCGCCGUCCACCCUCUUGGCGGACUCGUGCCGUCGCUACGCGGUGUUGUGGAACGGAUUCUUCCACCCAUCUUUAUUGAACAGCAGGUUAGCACCAGCGAUUCUGCCGGCACAGCUUCUAAGGUCGUGCGGAACCUUCUCGCGCAAUUAAAACAACUUGAGGGCGCUGCACGUGAGGCCGCAGUGCCAUCGGAGUCGACGAGCAAACACCGUCUUGUGCGGCUGACUUCACUCGUGCUGUCAUGUGCAAAAAAGGAGGAUGUGGUGGUGCAUCUGUGGGAGGAUUGCGCUGAGGGGUGUGUGGCAGAGUCGCUGGAGGAGUGCAGCACUGAGUUUCCACUGGAGGGGUCCACCGUCAUUGUGUUCGCGCUCACACCGUCUCGGAGCCGGCCCUUCCACCCCUUUCAAAACGCCAAAGUCCUCUACACGCGCGCUCGCCUUGACUACAGGCAGCUGGCACCACCUAAUGGGAGUGUGAGGCCGCUGCGGCGCGGCAUUUCCGACAUGGACCCAUCGACGCCUGCAGGAGUAGUGACAGACUUUGCUGGCCUAUUUCUGGCAUCGGCAAAGCAUGAGGCAGUGACGUCUUUUGUUGUUGUCAUGUGGGAGGAUGACGGGACAGCAACGCCUUCGUUCUGCAUCAUGGAUGCACCGUGCGCCACCAGCGUAAAGGAAGUUGCACUCGCAAUGCCCACAGUCCCUUUCACCCCUCUUAUUGUGCAAAAUUCUUCCUUUAUCCGUUUUGCGGCUGAUGACUUGGGACCGGACUGCUUGCACGUUUUGGCAAAUGAGUUCACGAAGGUCCUACAACGACCCGCGUCUCCACACCUCCGCAGAGUUGUUACCGCCCUCGAGUCUCUUCGGGAGAAGGCCAUGACGCGGAAAAGUGUUACGGCCCGUGCCGAGGAGAUAUUGCGCCUACGACACCUGAGUGGUACAGCGCGAACAGAUCUGCGCCGUUUCUUGGGCGAACUCAAUGGUCGCGAUGUACCUCUUGCGGCUGUCACUGGAAGCCCGUCGCGUCUGCCAUAUUACAUGCGCACGGAGAAGCAGGGGGCCAUUUCGAAAGGUGUUGUUAUCCCACAACGGAGUGAGAGCCCACAGACGAUGAGGGGGCGUAAGUCCAUCAGCUCCCCCCAUGCUCUCCUGUUGCACGGAAGCCGAUCCCAUAUUUUUGGAAACAUCAUUGAGAUGCGUCUGUUUCGUUUGUUUGACUCUGGGCGAAGGGAAUCUGUUGUGCUGCUUGUUGACUCGUCAGGCACUGAGGUUGCCCCUGUUGGACCUACGAUGUCAGGGGAAACACUUCUUCAAGACUCGAUUUUCUUUGAGAUUGUCAUUCAAGUGGGAGCUGUUGCAGCACAGCAUGUGAAGGCGACAAUAAAAAGCCCGGUGGUGUUUAGCGGCAUGUUGGAGCAGCGACUUGCCAUGUGGAGUGUUCGCGCGAUGGCGGUGGAUGAAGGGCAUGUCGACUACUUCCUGCAGCGUACGAAAAUGCUCGAGUCGUGGCAGCGCACCGCGGAAGAGGGAUGGUGGUGGUUCCUCUCUCUCUCACACGUCGUUGCGGGUGACGUGCAUCAGCCCGAGACUGACGGAAAGGCGUUGGUGUGGCUUGCAAGUGAGUGGAAGGCGUUGGUUGACAUGCUGGGUGAGGGUUUGCGGGACAGUCUCUUCAAGUUCAGCGUUGACGCGGCCGGGGAAGUGACCCGUGCCGUCUUCAUCAGAGAGAACUGUUCUCUCUGCUAUCUCAUGAAGGAGUGA